AUGUCAGAUGACACCACUGAUUGCGAGACAGAGAACCUGAUGUGGGAGAAGGAACGACAUGUUGCUCCCAGAUCUUGGAUGCAACGCAGAGGAUCUCUAAUCCACCUUAGCUGCCUGUAUUUCUUCAUCGUAGUCCUUCUGGGAUACAUUGGUGCUACCAACCUCAAGUCCACCCCGCUGAGAGAUCCUUCUCUUGGUGACAAAUGGACUCCUGUCCGGGAUGUUGUCGAUUACGUGCCGUACGAAUUCCACGCGUUUGAGGACAAUGGCGAGUACGCUGGCUACCCAGACGACACUAAAGAUCAGAUGUGGCAAGACCUGUUUAGCUUUGGGAUGAUUCGCAUUUCGGAAGAGGAGUCCAAGAAUCUUGUCCAACCUACUUUCCAAAUCCCCAAUACCGAUGAGUAUCUUAUCGAGCUCGAAGUCUUCCAUCAACUACACUGCCUCAACCAACUUCGACAAGCGUUCUAUCCCGAGCGCUGGCCGCAUCUGUGGCAGUACACACCAGAAGGGAAAAUCGACUACGCCGGUCGACAGUACGGCCAUUGGGAGCAUUGCAUCGAAUCGAUCAGACAAUCGCUCAUCUGCCACAGCGAUGUCACGCCAAUCACGAUUCACUACAACGCCACGGCUGUCCCUAAAUCUGGUGGAGACUUCAAAAUCGAACAUACCUGCCGCAAUUUUGACGCAUUGAGCGACUGGGCGAGAGGCAGGACGUUAGGCCUUCUGGGUGACAAGGUAAAGGGGCUGUUAGAUGAUUAGUUCCAUUAUUGGUGCUUGUAAAUAUGUGCGGACCCUCUUCCUUUGGUACUUUACACGCUGGCAGUUACGUGCCAAGUACCUGAG